UUGUCAGAAGUUCUUUUAAAUCGUGACUGGAGCAUUAUGUGGCACAAAUAUUGUGAUUCGUCGCAUAUUGGACGGCAGUUUACACGAAUCAUUCCAGUUAACAAUAUUAGCGACAUUAGUUCUCUGGCGGCGCGUUUCGUUUUUCCUUGAAGCUACUAACGUACUGUAUGUAUAUAGAAGCUUCGCCACACGUAGAGAGCUCGGUGGACUCUGUGACGUAAUCACACGCUUACGAGUCAAUUAGUAUCCACUACUCGGAUCAGUGCCGGUCAGAGUUUCAACUACUUCCACGCGAAGCAGAUUGGUGACCGUCAUGUCGCGGUUUCGAUGGAUCCCUGUGUGCGCGCUGAUGGUUCUUGCGAGCUGCUCGGCUAGUAUUAAUGAUCCUGUGCCUGCGAAGAAGCUGAAAAUCCUCGGUGUCUUCGGACACAUGGGGAAAAGUCAUUUCGACAUUUUCAAACCUCUGCUUGAGGAAUUGGCCCGUCGAGGCCACGAUUUGACAGUGAUCUCAUACUUUCCCAGAACCGAGAAGGCCAUCGCCACGGAACCUCUGCCAAAUUACAAAGACAUUAGCUUACUCGGAGAUGGGUUAAAUCAGUUCGUAGAAGUGGUCGAUCUGCACCAGAUGAUCAAUCCGAAGUUCAAAAUGAUUGGGAACUUAGUCCUGUUGCAUCACAUGGCGUCUAUGGCUUGCGAGGCAGGUCUGAAUAACACACGUGUCAAGGAGCUCGUUAAAUCGGGGGAACAGUUCGACCUGGUACUCACCGAAGCCUUCAACACUCAUUGCUUCUUCGCUGUAUUCCAUCGAAUCGACGCGCCUUUCAUCGAAAUAUCCACGCAUUUGCUGAUGCCGUGGGUCUUCGGAGAAGUGGGCUUCAGUCAUGAAGCCAGCCACGUACCGGCGUUGUUUUCGGAAGUAUCGAAGCCGAUGAGCUUCCUGAAAAGAUUGUGGAAUGUAGUCGCUAUAGGCACCGCGUGCUCGAUGUUCAACACCAUUUUUCAGUGGACUGAUCAGUCUCUAGCUAACCGCAUUUAUGGUCCUGAGGUUCCUAAUCUAAUGCAAAUGAGUCACAAUGUUUCGUUGGUGUUCGUUAAUACUCAUUUCAGUCUUUUCGGAGCUCGAGUGCACCCGCCGAACGUUGUAGAGAUCGGUGGGAUCCAUAUUCCGAAAAAGACAAAUCCUUUACCCAAGGACAUUGCGAAGUUCCUUGAUCAAGCUCACGAGGGGGUUCUGUAUUUUAAUCUUGGCUCUAUGGUCAAGGCCUCCACCAUGCCGGAGGAUAAAUUGACUGCUCUGUUGAACGUGCUCGGUUCUAUUCCUAGAAAAGUGAUUUGGAAAUGGGAGAACGACGAUAUGCAACAGAAACCUAAGAACUUCCUGGUGAAGAAAUGGCUGCCUCAGUUUGACGUAAUGAAUCAUCCGAAUGUUAAAUGCUAUUUCGGUCACGGAGGACUUCUGGGUUUAUCAGAGGGUGUUCAUAGCGGUUUGCCGAUGAUAUUGAUGCCACUGUUCGGCGAUCAGUAUCAGAAUUCGGUCGCAGCUGAGGCCAGGGGUGUCGCUGUGCUCCUGGAAUUCUCUGAAUUGAACGAGGAGAAUCUGAGACACGCUGUGGACGAAAUAUUCAACAAUACCAGAUAUAUGGAAAAUGCUAAAAGAUUAUCAAAAGCAUACAGAGAUCGUCCAACGAGUCCACUAGAUACAGCAGUCUGGUGGUCAGAAUACAUCGGUCGAGGAAAUGGCUUGCCUUACAUAAAGAGCGAUGCGUCGCAACUGCCGUGGUAUGUUCGUAAUCUCGUCGACGUAAUCGCUGUUUUAAUCAUCAUCGCGUUGGUUACGAUCUACGCCAUCUACAAACUAACCAAGUAUCUUCUAAACCGCGGGAAGAAGGUGAAAGUCAACGAGAAAGACACAGCGUCGAAGAAGAGGAAUUGAUAAACGAUGAUGUUAGAAUUAUUCUUGAGCGAUUAUUUUCUCGAGACAUUGGAACGAGGUGUGCUAAAGACAAAGGCUACUGCUCAAUACGUGUUACCACACUGUAACACGCUAAAAUAUUUUGGAAAUCGCUGACACUAUAAUUUUCACAUUAAUUUCAAUCAUCAAAUAUUCAUCAAUCAAAUUAUGGAACUGAUUAUCAAAAUUUAUAGCAUCAAAAGCUUCAACACUAGGAUUAUUGACAUGUUUUCGGCCAAAAGAAAAUCGUUGGGAUGAUUUAAUAAUUUGCCACUGGCUAAAGAAAUCGGAGUUCCGUAAACUUUGCUAUCGCAAGAAACACGAGGGGACAUUGGAUUUGAUGUUUGUACAGUGCUUCGUCGAAACGAGUGGCACGAACGUGUUCGAACUGUUUCGCGAAUCAUUAAGCAGGAGCGCCGAUGAAAAGUAGGGACUUUAUUCGACCAUUCACAGAUGCGCCAUCGAUUUUUACUUUACAGCGAGAUUUCACGAAGAUCCUGCGCUGACAAUAGCCAAUCAAGGAUAGAUUUUAUUUGACUGUUUGGCGAGCGGAAACUUUGUCGCGAUUUCAGGUAGAAAACGCCGCGGCACUGAUAAAUUAUUGGGUACAUAAAUAGGGUCUGUUCAACUUAAUACAUCAACAUUUAAAUAAAUAAUGCCACAUUUCCAUUCAACAUUUUAUUUAAUCAACGAUACAGUGAAAUUCCGAUUAUCCAAUAUUUAAUUAUCCAAAAUGUUCGAUAAACUGGCAUACUUGUUCCGACCGUUUUUAAUUGUAGCGAGUAAUAACUAAUACAAACAAAGAUACGUAUAUUUUUUCACUUUCUUCGAAAUGAAUUUUUCAAGAAAUACUAAAAUAUUACGAGGCAUGGCCACUGCUUAACACUAGAACUAUUGCACUCGUUAAAAUGAUGGGUUUCAAUUUUUCUAUUUCGCAAUUAUUGAUAACUUAAACAUCUUAAACAUCCGAAAUGAUUUUGAAAAGACAUUGUUCCAGUUGAAUACUAUAAUGAUUAUAUAAAGAAAUCGAAAAAAAUCUGUUAUUACAAUUU